UGAAGCAGGUGAAUGUCAACUUCAAUCCAAAAACAAAGAAAAGUCAGAAGGCAAAAACAUGUGAAAUAAAAAUUGAAAUUCAGAUCAUUUAAUGAACAUAUCCACUCUCUGUUCUUCUCCAUCGUCCCUCUCUUUCUCUGAAUCCGAUGCUGAACUCAUCAUCGUCCAUGGUUGUCCUCCUCACUCUAGCACUCAUGGCUGCUUCUUCUUUCUCAUCUGAAGCAGCUAAUAAGUCCAAAGCAUUCUUCAACGACAACUUCGACAUAAUGUGGUCCAAAGACCAUUUCACCACUUCCGAAGAUGGACAGAUCUGGUAUCUCUCCCUAGACAAAGACACAGGAUGUGGUUUCCAGACAAAGCAAAGAUACAGAUUUGGUUGGUUCAGCUUGAAGAUGAAGCUGGUAGGUGGUGACUCUGCUGGUGUAGUUACAGCAUUCUACAUGUGUUCAGAGAAUGGAGCAGGACCGGAGAGAGAUGAGAUCGAUUUUGAGUUCUUGGGGAACAGAACAGGGGAGCCAUACUUGAUUCAGACAAAUGUGUAUAAAACUGGAACUGGUGGACGUGAGAUGAGACACAUGCUUUGGUUCGACCCCACUGAAGAUUAUCACACCUACUCCAUCCUCUGGAACUACCACCAGCUCGUAUUCUUCGUGGACAAAGUGGCCAUAAGGGUGUGCAAGAGCUACGGCGAAAUGAACAAUUUCUUCCCAACAGAGAAGCCAAUGUACUUAUUUUCAAGUAUAUGGAAUGCAGAUGAGUGGGCUACAAGAGGAGGACUAGAGAAGACUGAUUGGAGACUAGAUCCAUUUGUGUCAUCCUACAAGGACUUCACUAUUGAAGCCUGCCAAUGGGAAGAACCUUACCCUCCAUGUGUGUCCACCACAACUCAGAAUUGGUGGGACCAAUAUGAUGCUUGGCAUCUCUCUGAUGACCAGAAAAUAGACCACGGUUGGGUUCUCAGAAACCUCGUCGUUUAUGAUUAUUGCAAAGACUCCCAACGCUACCCAACUUCUCCACAGGAGUGUUCUCUCAGUCCAUGGGAUUAAUAAUGAAUCGGCGUGUAUGCCAUUAAUCUUGCUUUUUUGUUGAGUCGGUUCGUGUUUAGGACGCAAAUGUUUCAUAAAUACUAAGUGGAUGCAUAAUAAAUGGCAAGCAUUGAUUGCAAUGAAUGCAUUUAUCUCUUUUGUUUGUAAUAAUGGUGAGUUUUUGCUCCUCCAAAGCAUAAAAGACAGAA